CUGCUGCUUCCCCGACCGAGUCCACCUCGGAUGAUAUUGAUUGUCACGAAAACUCAGCUGGCUGCUUCUUCGCUCUCAGUGUACACUCAACAGCUAACUGCGACUACACACUUUAUCUCAUCGUCUGUGAUCCUAUCGACGCUCCUGUGCGGCGGCUCACCUCACGACGUCGAAGGCGCCGCCAAAGGUGAUAUUGGAAGGUCACUCUGUCGUGCCAAGACCUCUCCAUCGAUGUGGCUCAGCAACCUUCGCCAUUAACCUGCACUUUUCCAAGCAACUUAUGUGGCAAAAGAGAAGAAGAAGAAGAAGAAAGCGCAAGGAAGAACUGGAUACAGAAGACAGACGACAUCCGUCGUUUGCCUGAAUUCCACGUCGUGAUAAUACGUAACCUGUCGGUGCUGUUGUUCGUGAUUGGUCCGAAGUCUUUGCAGUAUUAGCCGAUUAAGAAUACCCAUUUUUUAACCAAUUUCACGCACAUAUCAAACUUCUUCCAUUGUUCGCGGGAGGAAACAAGGCCGGGGGGAAAAAUGCCUCGGUAACUGAUUCUGGGGGAAGAGGUGGAAAGCAAGAGCGCCUUCCAUUUGUUAAAGAUGAAGUCUCCGUUCAGAUGUGCCAAAGAUAUUUGUAGUAGAGACUAAGGGCCUUAAAACAACUGUAAUUUGCUGUGAUAUUGUAAUGCAAGGCUGUAACGUAACGCUACACUAGAAUCUGGACUGCACGGUAGGAUAUAGAAGUAUUUUUUGACGGAUGAAGAAGAUUUAGAGUAAUGUUUCUCAUUUCUUAGAGUUGGCGGUUGGGAAGACUCAAAGAAAUCAGCGUUGAAUUUAGUUUUUGUCUAAUGGCAUAGACGCAAGGCAAGUGAAAUUGCCCAGUCUCUGGUAAUGAUAAUAGCCUGGGAUGAAUGAAAAAAAGCAAGAACGAUAAAGGUACAAAUACUGUAUUAUUUUAAGACAGCAUAUUUCACGCUCGAAAUAACAUUCCUUAGAAACUUAAUAACUUACUCGGAUGCUGUACAAAUAACUCGAGCGCAAAACGAAAGUACAUCGACAAGUCCGAUAAACGUUCAAAACAAGAAACUGUUCAAACCACAAGUAUAAAAACUGCCUUAUUUUCAUCUGAAAGACGUGAAUGAGCGGCGGCAACCUGGAGGUCAUCUCCGACUCUCACGGAAGCGACAGAGAGUCUGUCUGUUCGUCGAAGGGCAGGCGGCCGAAACAAAAGACAGUCACAGUGGCGUCGAUUCUGAAGUUUCCACUCAACACCCUGUCCUUCGUUAGGAAGAGGUUCAGGAAGGGGAAAAAGGAGGCAGGUGCGACCACCACCAUGACGGAGGGCUUAGCAACGCCCCUGAGGUCGGUGCUGACCUGCGGAGGAUGUUGCAAGAGGUUCGACGACGGCCCUCGGAGGCCCAAGUUCCUCUCCUGCUUCCACACUGUCUGUCUGCAGUGCCUCAGGAAGGGAUUCAAGGAUGGCAAGGUGAAAUGUCCCACCUGCACGCGGGUGACGGAGGCGAAGUCUGCGGACAAGUUACCUGACAACACCCAGCUGUGUACGAUCCUUCUCAACAUGUCCUCCCUCAAUCUGCACGAAGCAGGAAUUACGCCCAACCGGGACAACUGCCCAGCCCACUCCGCCAGGAUCAACUUCUGGUGCGACACCUGCAGGAUGCCCCUCUGUCGCGACUGCACCGUGUUGGCCCAUAGGGAGUCCCAGGGGCAUAAGGUGCGUGAUCACGACCAAGCCGUGGCUGUUUUGCGAGCAGAGGUGAGGUCUUCCGUGAACGAGGCUCGUAGUCUCCUUCAGGAGACAAGGAGGCUGAGGCAUGACCAGAGGAAGUACCUUCUCAGGCAGCUGGAUGCCGCCAGAGCAUACGAGAAGCAGUUGAAGGCCGACUUGAAGAGCCUCGACAGCGAUAAGAAGGACGAGGCUCGGGGCUUAGACCGCAUUGAGCACGAGUGUGAGCAGGAGACCUCCCUGGUGGGACUGCACGAGAGCACCCAGAGGGCGGGGUCCAUCGUGGCCAGGCUGGCCCAGGACUUGGCCACAGCCAAAGCCGUCCUCGCCGACUCCUUCUUGACUUUGGGAAAGCUCAACAGGUCACAGGAUGACCUCGACGCCAUUGAUAUCAAAUCAGCUGCCAGCGGAGGCUCGGUCCAGUCAACGCCAUCCAAAGCGGGCAGCUAUGCAUCUUGUGACGUCAAUAGCGAAGGCAGAAACACUCCCGAGAGCCGAUCGCCUGGAAGUCCAGCUCGCGGCUGCGUCGACCGUAGAAGUCAGAGUUUAGCUGGGCACUACAGCAGCAGGAGACUCGCCCACAACGGGCGCCCCAGCAAGGUGGCCAUGCUUAGGCCCGCCCUUAGUCUAGAGGCUCCCAUGCCAACAAUCCAGCCCCUACCCAGGGUAUAUUUGGAUCUAGCUAUUGAAGGGAUUAAGCAAACGGCUCGCAUAGUGAUCGAACUCCGCCCCGACAUGGCGCCCAAACUGUGUGACAACUUCACGGCCCUCUGCACCGGGCACCGGGGCUUCGGGUACCGGGGCUCUCAGAUGUUCCGGUGCCUUCCCGGAUGGUGGAUCCAGGGCGGGGACUUCCAGUCCAACGACGGAGAGGGAGGAAGGGCAGCCAUUGGUGACAGCGAGUUGAUCUCGGCUGAAACUACAGAGUUGGAGCCGAAGCCAGGCGCGGUGGAGAUGCUGUGUAUGUCGACCAACGAUAAAGGCAGCCUGAUGGUCGGGUCGCAGUUCUUCAUCCACGUUAAGAAGUACUCUUACACACACGUCUUCGGUUACGUUAUAGAGGGCCUCGAUCUUAUUGAUAAGAUGACCCAGCUUGGGGAUGCAACGCAGGUGUAUCGUCCUUCGAAGGCAAUUACCAUAGCCGACUGUGGCCGCUUAGCUGCUUAAAUAUGAAUUAUAGAUAUUAACCAAAAUGUUGCAAAAAAUAGAUUUUAACUUAUUUAACAAAUGCUGCAAAAAAUUUAGAGAUUGUAACUUAUUUACCAAAUGCUGCAAAGAUUUAGAGAUUUUAACUUAUUUACCAAAUUCUGCAAAAAAUAGAGAUUUUAAAUGUUUACAAAUGCUGCUUAGAAAUUUAUCAAAUUAUAUAUGGAAUAAAAUUAUGGACUUCUAAUUGUUCGAUCAACUCAGGAUAAUGACGAGCCUCGGUCGACCAUGAUUUCACCCCAAGAUGCAGACAUUCGCUGCUACAGUUGUGAUUGCAAUAUUUUGUUAUCCUCUGAAGUAAAUGUAUGAUCCUUUCUUUAGUAUAAUCAGAAUCAAAAAUUCCUUUUUUUGACGCAAUUGGCCGAGCCUCGUUAUUAACCCCAUGAGAUCGCGUGACUAUAGACCGUUGUUACUUAGCAGAAAUCGUUACAUAUUUUCAAAAUGACAAUUAAAUAUAGAGUCAGACUUUUUUUAGGGGGUCGUUGAAAUUCCCACGUUAUAAUUACCUUGCGUAGAAGUGGAGGGCUUUUCAAAGCGAGGUCCUCCUUCAGUCUCCCAUUAAAAGAUAGUGCGCCAGUUUUUUGCCUCCUGUCAACAGAACCCAUUAGACAGCCAUUAAAUAGACUUCUUGUCUUGAACCCAACUUUAGAGCCUGCAGAACACUUUUAGAAUCGCCCACUCUUCUGUCUCUGAAAUUCAAGUUUAAAUCACGUCGGAAAUUGUAUCAGGAGAGACUGCAUUUUGGGGGUUACCUCCGAGUAUAUCUGUUACCCAACCUAACCUAACCCUCCUUACGUAGACGGUUCCCACAGACGUUAGGUAUUUCCAAAGUGCCGUCGACCCUUGUAAUCUAAAUUUAGCUGUUAACGAUAUAAAAUCCGAGGAAAAUGCCGAAUUCUUGGAAGUACGAACAACGGCCCAGAUCCCAUUCAAAACCUAUCAAGCAUUCAGAUUCAAUGGGACGUUUCUGAGCCAGACCAAAUUAAAUAAAUCCUUCAUGAUGCCAGAGCUACCUGGUUCACUCAGAGGUAUCUCAUAGGAUUGCCUGAAGUAGACAUCAAGGAAAAAGACAAUAACUAACAGGAGAGUAAAUAGAAAUUUUAAUGUUCGUUUUUUAGAAGAAAAUAAUUAGUUAUGACUCAAGACACAAGCUCUACAACUCGCGAGGUGCCUACGUUUUACUUUGUAUACCAUUCCAUCUAAAGUUUGCUACGAAUAUGUGAAUAGUAAUUUGUAUUAUUCUUUUCCUCACAAGUUUAUGGAUGUCCGAUUAUUUUUUCACUCCUUUCCCUCAUUUCGUUUCUUUGCAUCCUAUUAUAGUUUGAUGCUGUCCCUUUACCUUGCAAUUUACUCUUACUUUUCCCUCGACUUUCGUUUUUAUACCUUUCUCAUUAUUCUUCAACCUCAUCACAACUCUUAUACUUUAGGUUAUCGUAGGCCCUUGCAGACCGUAUUAUCCCCUCCAGUAGGAAAAGAAAGAAAGGAAGAGAAAAAAAAGACAUGAUGAAGGUAAUAAACACCGAGCGCCGGAUAACGUUUUGAGGAAACAGUAGAUUAAUCAGACUAUAUUUCUUUUAAGGCCAAGGGAGUUUAGAACGUAUAUGAUAGAUCAUUUUUGUAUGUGUUUUUAGAAGAAUGGGUGUGUCUUGAAAAGAGGCAAUAAAAUAAUUCAAGUGUCACUUAAGGCAGAUCUUGAAAUUUGGAUAUUACAUGUCCUUCUCGAUGGCUGCGUUUUGGACUUGCACUAAUUAGAGAGGAUCGGGUGCUGUCCACGGUUAUUUAGCUUUUUGUUGAGACUAACAUCCAGUUAACAGCUUUUUUUUCGACGAAAAAGUUUCAAGGUUCACCGUUUCAUCUCGAAUUGGUGAAUUUAAAUUGAAGCGUUAGAUGGUGUCCCCUCCUGAUGACUAAUUUUCAGGACUCCCAUUCAUGAUCAAGUAUGUCAUAGUUUUUUCUGAAUGAUGAAAUGUGGGAGUGAGGAGGUUGCAGGUGUUCAUAAAACACGUUUAAAUUGUAUGGUAUCAUACCGUGGUUAAAACUGUUUUUAUUUCGCCCCGUGUGAAAAGGCAAUCACGAAGAAAUCAAUAUAUACGAGCGAGUGCAGUUGGAAAUUCUGCUCAAUUAACAACAGAGAAUUUUGCUCAAAUCUUGGCUAUCAUGAAGCAGGGUCACGUUUCUUGCUUUCCUUCACAGAUCCCACGUCAGCCCCUUGAGUCAUGAUCCAAUAUUAUCGCUUCCAGACCCGCGUUGAUGUCAAACUAAAUAAAACAUCCGUGAUUUCUGAUGAAUAAACACAGGCAGAGCUUCUCACUGCAGUCCCACACGUUGAGCUUGAGAAUAUGGCUCUUGCUUCGCAGUCAGUGAUUGGUUUGUUUGAAUGAUCUCUAGACCAAUCAGUGAUUGCCCCGAGCUCGAGAGGCGUAUUCUCGAGCGUGUCUCCAACGAACAUGCUAUUAAUCCUACCGCUGCUACACAUUCCUAGAGCUCCUCAAGAUGAGCAGAGUAGCUGCCGUAGAGCUGAAGUUGUUAUCUUAUGCAAACUUGUAGUUGAUAAUAUAUAUGUUGUAAAUAUUGUUUGUCAAGGCACGAAUCAUAACAUUAAAUAAAAGUAAAAGAUAUGAUAAUGAGUUUUUAGAGUGUUUGUAGAAAGAGAGAAAGGAAACUAAUAUUUGAUCUUUUAUCUCUCUCUCUCUAUCUCUCUCUUAUUUCCCAUAAUGUGUUUGUGCGUGUAGACAGAAUAAUAUUAAAUAUUUAAAAAUUUUAAAAAAGGUGGUUGAGUCAGCCUUCUUUUUCUUCGUCUCUUCUUAGAAGCCAAAUUCGAUGUCACACUUUUUUGAGUAAAGAAUCACCCUCAUAA